AACCAUCAUAGUCAGUAUUGAUCAACAAUGGCAGCAUUACAACGACCUCAUAUUGAUGAUCAAGGCAGAUGGCAUUUCUUUGGUGGUGAUUUGAUAGCUUGGAAGAUCGGAUCAGACGGAAAUUCUUUCACAUCUGCACAAAUAUUCAAAGCAGGUUCAAAACAUUCAGGUAUAGGACCAAAAAGUACAGCAACACCACCUUAUCAUACACAUUUAUAUCAAACUGAAACAUUUGACGUUCAAAGUGGAACGCUAUGUUAUAAAAUUGAUGGAAAAGAAGGUAAACUCCAACCAGGUCAAAAAGCAGUCAUUCCACCACAUAGACCGCAUACAUUCUGGAACGAUCCUUCGGCCGGAACAGACCUACAUGUUCAUAUCACCGUUCGGGGAGGAGAAAAAGCAGGAUUCGAUGAAGAUUUCGUAAGAAACUUUUAUGGUUAUUUAUCUUCUGUCACAAUGCAAGGAAGAUCACCCAAUCCAUUUCAAAUGAUUCGAUUCUUGGAUGAUGCUGAUGUAAUCCUUGCUGAUAUUCCAUUUGGACUUGGUCGUAUUUUCAACAUCAUUAUCGGCCGUUGGAUUGGAGGCUAUCUAUUUGGCUAUCCUACCAGAUACAAGGCCUUCUCUGAAUGAAGAAAGAAACGAAGCAAACCAUUUUCACCGGACAAAUCCCGAGGCCGGAUUACGUCCGAGUCCAGAGUAAGUCCGGCUCGAUUGCGUCUACCUGAUGUAAAUACCCUCAAUACUAGCAGAUAUACAUUUGUAUCGUCGUAACUUCUCUGGUAAUUGCAGAGACGAUUCUGAUCAUGUUCAAUCUUCCAUCUAUCUAACCCCGCC